AUGGAUUGGUACUCUUGGUUGUCUAGAACUGCCCUUGACCCCUCUCUUAUCCGUGACUAUGGCCUCGCCUUCUCCCGCAAUCAUCUCCAAAGAGAGGAUUUAGCACAGUUCAACCACCAGUUUCUUCAGAGCAUGGGCGUUUCGGUUGCCAAGCACAGGCUUGAGAUUCUCAAGCUUGCCAGGAAAGAAGUUGACCAGCCUUCUAAUAGCCAGUCCAAGCUCAUUUUGGCAAUCAACAAAACCAGAAAGUGCUUCAACAGGUGUGUUAACAAGUUGGUUCACCACCAGCAUUACGCAAUCGAGUCGCUUCCUGAGCCGGUUCGUUAUCGGGAUCAAUGGAGGGGAGUGUUGACAAGGAAGUGCAAGAGUGAAAAGGAGGUUAACAUAGAGCAGCCAGUGCCAAGAACAAGGAAGAUAGCAAAAUCCGGUCCCUUGGAUUACAGGGAACAAGAGAAGAAGCUGCUUGCUCCUCCUAGGAGCUUAAAAUUGUCCGGGCCUCUAGACAGAGAAACGCAGGAGAAGUUGGUGCUCGUUAUAGGAGUCCUACACCAUCUGGUCCUAUUGAUGUUGCAGUGGCACAGGAGAGGCUGA